AUGGCUCGUGCAGCAGCGGUGACAACGAUAGCAAUAGUAGUGGCAAUGACAAUGGUGGCUAGAACGCCGAGGGAGGUGACAGCAAUGACUUGCGCGGAGGUGGACUUCGAUUUGCUGCCAUGCCUGAGCUAUAUAAGAAACGGUGGGGACGUGCCGUCGGAUUGCUGCAAUGGACUAAGCGGCCUGGUAAAUGCGGCGAAGACGACGGACGACCGUCGCACCGCCUGCAACUGCCUCAAGUCUUUGGCUUCGGGUGCAUCAAAUGAUGAGCUCAGCCGUGCCGCUGUUAUCCCGGACAAGUGUGGCAUUCCUCUCCCUUACAAGUUCAGCCCAUCCACAGACUGCUCCAAGUAA